UCCCACAUUCAAGUCACCAUGUCGCAGCUCUACACCCAAUCACAAGUUCAUAGAUUUCCACUACUGGUCGUCUUGAUCUGCUCGACUAUAGCCCUUUGCAUUCCACCGCUAGCCAGCGCAUACAAUGAGGAGCUCCAUCAGCGCGAUGGCAUCCAUGUGCCCUGCACAUUCUUCGAUACAGUCAAUGUUACCGGCGAUCUGCGGUUCGCGAACGGAUCCUAUCUGCACGAUGGUGUAUUGAUCCCAUCACAACUGGUCGGCUGGUAUGAUUACAUCUAUACGGACUUGGUGCGACGUGUGGAAGUCGAGCCACAUGCACGUGCGUGCAUCUGCAAGUUGAAGCCGUGCAUAAACAUUUGCUGUCCAUGGGGCGCCAGCUACAGCACCAACGAGAGCGCCUGCGUUAACAACACGGACUACGAGUGGCCACAGCCGCUGCUGAAUUUGACAUUGCCAGAUGAGACGCUGAGAUCGGUCGACAUGUUCAAACAAUUUGCGGUGCAAAGUUUUCGCCCUUGCGAAUUCAUGUACUCACUGCAGCCAGAGCUGGGAUCCUUUGACGAUUGGAAACUGUUCGAGAAUGGUACGCUACUCCGUGUAGACGACAUGGUAUAUCUGAGUAAGAACGAAUUCUGCUUCCAUCCGACUGUGGCGAACUACACGGACACUAUGUACAUCAUCAAUCCGGCCAAUUGCAAUUACGAUACGGACUUCAGUACCAUUAAGACUAUUAAUGCGUAUGCUAUGCUUUUCUCCAUACCUUUCAUGAUACUCACCAUUGUCGUCUAUCUGAGCAUUCCGGAAUUGCGCAAUCAGCACGGCAAGUCGUUGGUCUGCUACUUGAUUGGUCUAAUAAUAGGUUACUCGCUGCUGGCUAUGAGUUCCUUGCGCAUGGACUACUACUCCAGCAUAGCAUUUUGCAAGACCCUCGGUUAUGUGGCCUACUACUUCUUUAUGGCGGCAUUCUUUUGGUUGAGUGUGAUCAGCUUCGAUUUGUGGCACAACUUUCGUGGCACACGGGGCAUCAAUCGAUUCCAGGAGAAGAAACGCUACCUUAUUUACUCACUAUACGCCUGGGGCAUCCCUGUGCCAUUUCUGGUGUUCACUUGGUAUGCACAAGAGGUCGCUGAUAUACCCGACUAUCUGAAACCCGGAAUUGGCGGCGGGGAGUUCUGCUGGUUGGACAUGCGCACUUGGUCGGCGAUGAUAUACUUCUUUGGUCCCAUUGUACUGAUAAUUAUGGCCAACAGCAUAAUGUUCGUUUUGACCGCCAUGAAGAUACACAAGGUGCAGCGUGAAAUGGCACGAAUAAUGGCGCGCGAGGAUAGUACGAAGAAUUUGCGUACCGAAAAGGAUAAAUUCGGACUCUUUCUACGCCUAUUUAUUGUCAUGGGCGUGACUUGGUCUAUGGAGAUUUUGUCGUAUUUUGUAGGCGCCGACAAAGGAUGGGCCAAGAUCUUCUACAUUUCGGACAUUUGCAAUGCCAUACAAGGAUUUCUCAUAUUCAUGUUGUUUGUCAUGAAGAAGAAGGUCAAGCAUUUGAUAACCAAUCGUACUCCGUGCGCAGUUACCGUCAAACCGAAUCGACCACAUUUGGCGCCGGUAGCAUAUCGAUGCGUCAACGUUUCCAAAAUGUCUCACUGCACAUACGACAAUUAGUUGUUAUACGAAGCGCUUUCAAUGCUCCCAGAAGUAAUACGAUAACACAGAGAAUAAUUCAGUCUUACACCAUUCGCAUACGGUGUAGAGAGAGAGAGAGAGUGAUCCUUCUCAAAUCACAAAAUUUCAUUCCAAAUAAUUUGAAGAUUCAUAUUAUGGACACAAACUUGUACAGAAAGAAAUGUUAGUAAGCGGCUUUCUAUUAAAAAAAUACUAUCUGUAUCAAAAUUUGUGAGAGUUUUAUGUUGUCUUUGUGAGAAAACUGUCUAGAAGGCUGCUUACGCUCAAUGUGUGUGUACAAAUUAAAUAACUACUAACGAACUGCUCGCUUUCAAAGCGUUGGAACGUAAU